AUAUGUGUUAGAUUACUCGAUGCUGCCCUACAGUGUGGGAUGCUAGGAUCCCGUUUGGCGGCACAUCCUUUUGUUGGAAGCCAAAUUCUAAGAACUAGACUUUGCCUAUGCAAUUCAGUUUCAGCCGCUAUGUAUAAUGCACUGAAGUCUGAACCAGUAUUGGCGGUUUACUGUUUCUUUAUCGGAUGUCUCCGACGGGUAUGUACAUGUGUACUUGAAGCGUCCGGCACGCGCUACUGCGGCCGGCGACGCGAAUGCAAGCGCCCCAAAAGCAGUAACUGCCUGUACAACUGUACAAGUGUGCAUGGCCGAAGAGACGGCGGUUCCAGUUUUUGGCUGCCCCAACUGCUCGUCUGCCCUCACCACUGCAUACGCCCUGCGCUGCGUUCUCGUGCUCUCGCCGCGAAGCCUGCGUUCUUCGACUUCGACCGAGCAACUGUGCCCGUCCAUCGGUCCUUCCAUCAUCACUGGGCGCAGUACGCGCUCGGAGCCAUGGCCGUGGGAGUGCCGUGGCCUCUGUGCCUGCUCGCGUGCCUCCUGCUCGGCGCAGGCGGCGUUGCCGGGAACGCUCGUGCGCCACCCAGGGUCGCCCGUGCCCUGUCGCGCCCUCUCAUCGUCAACGACGGGCGUGUCGUCGCCUGCUCCGGGAAUGACCUCCUCGCCUUCGAAGGGAACGGUUCCAUCGCGUGGGUCGCUCCCCUCGGCCUCAGGUGCAACGACACCAUCAGCCCGGUCUCCGACGGAAAGAAGGUGUAUCUGGUGGCAGAGGACAGGGUCAUCAAGGUCACGCCACCGAACGUGCGCACCGCGAAGCCAGCAUCUGAGGUGUUCUUCAGCUACAACGCGACGCCGGGGAGGUCCGAGGAGAUCGUCGGCCUGUCGGUCACCGGCAGCUACUCGUCCCUCUUCCUCACCAUCAGAAACCUGGGGCUUUUCGAGUUUUCGCUGGAGGGCGAGCUCCAAUGGAGCCUCGGGCCUGUGCUUGAUUGGUUCGGUUACCGUCUCGGCUGCAAGGGAAACAUCUCCGGCUGCUACUUCGAUUCAGCUCCUGUGCUUGAUCACAGAGCGGGCGCUCUUUAUAUAUUUAACACUGAAGGCCAGAUCUAUUCCUUCAACUUUCAAAGUCGUGCGUUGAGGUGGAUCCAGGACUUGACCUCACUUGACAAAGUGAUGACGCUUGCGCCGGGGAGCAGUCGGUGCCUAUACAUUGUCUUUCCACGGAAGUCUAUUGUGGUGGGGCUUGAUGUUUCCACAGGAAACAUUUCUUGGCAGCAGAGUAUUGGUCCACUAAUUAAUGAGAAAAGUUUUCCAACUGUAGAUAACAACGGUUGGAUGUCGAUUGGCUCGCUAGAUGGGAUCCUCUAUUCAAUAUCUCCUGAUGGUGACUUGAGAAAACUUUUUGAAGAAACAGCACUUGAUUCAGCGAUCCCUGUUGAUCCAGUCCUUGACUGCUCAGGGUUUUCCAUGUAUGUCGCUAAGACCGUAGUGGAAGGAAAAUCAAUCUGGACAACUGGUGAAUAUACCUCUGUAUCGGUGAUGAAGCCAUCACGCAGUUUGGUAACUUUGCUGGAUCCAGCAAAUGGAACAAUCUACUGGACUGGAGAGUAUCCUGGGAAUUUAUCAAAUUUGAUGUCCAUCGGUGACCUGAAUGACUUUGCGGUAGAUGAGACACUUCUUCUCACUCUUCUAUCUGCGUCAAGGUUCAGCAACGCAACACAGUGUGACGCGAGAAGAGAAACAUUUGCUUGGUAUUGCAGGCAAAAUAAAACCAAGUCUGCGCAAGCUGAUCCAGGUGAAAAUAACCCUGUUCUUCUUGUGCUGUUGGUCUUCCUACUCAUCAUAAUCGUAAUACAAGCCGAAGCCUUUUGUUUUUGCUGCAUCUUUUGGAGGAAGAAAAAGCUCCGAGACAAGGGCUUGCAGAAGUUCCUGGAGAAGCGGCGCUCUCUUCAGAGUAAGAAGAGAGGCUUAGGCAAGAUGAUCUCAGAGCUUGAACAGCAGGCAGCAGAAGACGCCACUUCGAAUGAAACUUUGGGAGAGCUGGGUGAAAUGGUGAAAGCAAAGGAAGGCGUGGAGAGGAAGCUGUACGUAUCAUACAGCCUGGGCAGGGACAGGCUCGGCUUGAAGCAAGGCUCCUCCAUCUUGCCACUGUAUCAUGGCAAGUACAAGAGCCAUUCCUUCCACAGCUCACCGGACGAGAGCAUUCAUGUUUUCAACAAUCCGAGUGAUACCUCUACUUCCAGCAGCUGCUCUGACGAUAGCGAGAGUAGUUGCAGUUCUACUUGCUCCGGAGAUACGGAUGUCGACGCGAGAUUGAAGUCAGUAGAAGAGGCUGGACCUUCCAACACCGCUAAUAUCGGGGAGAGAGUUCAGGAAGAAUGCCCAUCAGAUGUGAGAUCCCCAUUUCAUGUCUUCACGAACCCUUCGUUCGUUGAGGAGCAAUGCACAGGAAGCAGUGGCAAUGCCUUAUCACAGAAGGAAGAACGGAUGGAAACAGCAAAGGAUUUUAUCUCCAGCAAGAGACUUUCGCUGAAGAGGAGGCGAACUUCUUCAACCAACUCUAACUGAAGUACCUUGACAAAUCCGUAUAUGAUGGCCGUGUUAAUUACGACUUGGAACUUGAAACAAUGUAAAACUUUAUUCUUUACUGC